AUGUGUAGGCUUGUGAAGUAUGCCAGAGGAAUAAAUACCAAACACUCACACCUGGAGGGUUACUACAACCUCUACCAGUUCCCACAAAAAUUUAGAGUGGCAUAUCUAUGGAUUUCAUUUGAGGGCUACCCCAAGGUUCAAGGAGUAGAUACAGUUAUGGUGAUAGUGGAUAGGCUGACCAAAUAUGCUCACUUUCUUCCCGUCAGCAUCCAUAUACAGCAAAAGGCAUUGCUGACUUAUUCAUUAAAGAGGUGGUUAGGCUACAUGGAUUUCCCAGCUCCAUUGUGUCUGAUAGAGACAAGGUUUUCUUAA